AUGGACAUAGAGAUCAGCAAACUCGAGGUGGAAGACGACUUGUCACCCGUCGAACAGGUCCGCUUGACGGUCUCGAACGAAGACGACCUGACCCUUCCAAUAUGGACCUUCCGGAUGUGGACCCUAGGGCUCCUCUCCUGCGUCCUCCUCUCCUUCCUCAACACCUUCUUCUCCUACCGCACCGAGCCCUUCGUCAUCACCAUGAUCACCAUACAGGUGAUCACUCUGCCCAUCGGACGCUUCAUGGCUAGAACAUUGCCCACUCGGAAGUUCUCCAUCGGGUCGAUGGAGUUCUCCCUCAACCCGGGUCCCUUUAACAAGAAGGAGCACGUCCUGAUCUCCAUAUUUGCCAACGCCGGCACCGGGUUCGGAAGUGGAACGGCUUAUGCUAUUGGUAUUGUUGAUAUAAUUAAGGUGUUUUAUCACUGGAAGAUAUCGUUCUUGGCUAGUUGGAUUCUUGUCAAUACCACACAGGUAUUGGGUUAUGGGUGGGCUGGAAUUCUCCGAAAGUACGUGGUGGAUCCGGGGGAGAUGUGGUGGCCGGCUAGUCUAAGUCAGGUGAACUUUGCUCUACACGAGAAAGAUAACAAGGGAAUGUCCAGAGUGAAAUUCUUCUUGAUUGCAUUCAUAUGUAGCUUCUCCUGGGGUUUUGUCCCGGGUUAUCUUUUCCCAACUAUCGCAACUAUUUCAUGGAUUUGUUGGAUAUACCCAAAGUCAGUAACAGCUCAACAAAUUGGAUCCGGUAUGAAUGGACUUGGUGUGGCUGCAUUUUCUCUUGACUGGACUUCUAUAGCUUCGUUCCUUGGUAGUCCUUUGGUUAGCCCUUUCUUUGCCACUGUUAAUGUUGCAGUUGGCUAUGUUGCUUUCAUGUAUUUGAUCAUGCCAACUGUCUACUGGGGUUUCAACUUAUUCAACGCCAAGAACUUCCCUAUCUUCUCUUCGGAUUUGUUUGAUUCCCAUGGUCAAGUAUAUAACGUUUCAGCAAUUGUGAAUAACCAGUUUCAAAUUGACAUGCCCGCGUAUGAAAAACAAGGACGCGUAAGCUUGAGUAUGUUUUUUGCUCUAUCAUAUGGUAUUGGCUUUGCAGCCAUUGUAUCAACCCUGACACAUGUGGCCCUCUUCAAUGGAAGGGAGAUAUAUGAACAAUUUCGUGCAUCGAAGAAAGAUGGAAAGGUAGACAUACACACCAAAUUGAUGAGAAAAUACAAGGACAUACCUAAUUGGUGGUUUUACCUUACUCUUUUGGUGUCACUUUUACUCGCUCUGGCACUAAGCAUUUUCAUGAAAGAUGAGGUUCAAAUGCCGUGGUGGACACUCAUUUUAGCUGCAAGCCUUGCAUUAAUUUUCACUCUUCCGAUAAGCAUUAUUACUGCCACUACAAAUCAAACGCCGGGACUAAACGUGAUCACAGAGUACGCCAUUGGAUUGAUUUUACCUGGAAAACCGAUUCUUAAUGUAUGCUUCAAAACAUAUGGAUAUAUUAGCAUGGCUCAGGCAAUUUCCUUUCUCAAUGAUUUCAAGCUUGGCCAUUACAUGAAGAUUCCACCCAGAUCAAUGUUUAUAGUUCAGUUGAUAGGAACUGUUAUAGCUGGAACAGUCAACAUCGGGGUUGCAUGGUGGCUCUUAUCUACUAUGGAAAACAUAUGUCAACAUGAAUUACUCCCUCCUAAUAGUCCUUGGACUUGUCCUAAUGAUCGAGUAUUCUUUGAUGCUUCUGUCCUUUGGGGUCUUGUUGGUCCAAAGCGGAUGUUUGGCUCUCUAGGAAACUAUCCAGCACUCAACUGGUUCUUCCUUUUAGGUGCAUUUGGACCGCUCUUGGUAUGGUUGUUGCACAGAGCUUUUCCUAGUCAUAAAUGGAUUCAACUUAUCAACCUUCUAGUGCUUUUGGGGGCGACAACUAAUAUGCCACCGGCUACAGCAGUAAACUACAAUUGCUGGAUUAUUACUGGAACUAUUUUCGGCUACUUUGUCUUUAGAUAUAGAAAGGCACGGUGGCUGAGGUACAAUUAUGUUCUUUCAGCUGCCUUAGAUGUUGGAGUGGCUUUCAUGGCGGUGCUCUUAUACUUUACAUUAACCAUGAACGAGACGAGCGUAUCUUGGUGGGGUGCAAAUGGUGAACACUGUGAAUUGGUUACAUGUCCAACAACAAAAGGCAUCGUUGUUGAUGGUUGUCCUGUCUACUAG